AUUGAGCCAUAUCUUGCUGCACACAAUAUAAUAUUAUCUCAUGCCACUGCAGCUAGCAUCUAUAGGAAAAGUUAUCAGGUUAAUCAAAGUGGUAUUAUUGGAAUGGUAAUGAGUUCAGUAUGGUAUGUUCCAUUCAGAAAUACCCCAACAGAUCGUUCAGCUGUUCAACGGGCUCUCGCUUUCGACAAUGCGUGGUUCUUGGAUCCGAUAAUCUAUGGUGAUUACCCGCCAGAAAUGCGUCAAAUAGUAGGUUCAAGAUUGCCAAUCUUUUCAUCAGAUGAUAAAGAAAAAUUAAAAAGCAAGUUGGAUUUUAUCGGAAUUAACCAUUAUACAACUCUCUACGCACAAGAUUGCUUGUUCUCUCAAUGCAACUUUAGUACUUCUCGAGGGGAUUCCUUUGUGCAAACCACAGGGGAAAGAGAUGGCCUUCCUAUUGGAGAUCCGACAGCAACGCCAGACUUUUAUAUGGUUCCUUAUGGCAUGGAAAAGAUCAUUAUGUAUUUCAAAGAAAGAUAUAACAAUACUCCAAUGUUCAUCACAGAAAAUGGAUAUUCACAGGCAAGCAAUAAAGAUGUUCCUAUGCAAGAUUUGCUCAAUGACACAGCUAGGAUAGAGUAUCUGACUUGCUACCUAGAUUCUCUUGCUAUGGCCGUGAGGCAUGGUGCUGAUGUGAGAGGCUAUUUCAUAUGGUCUCUUCUGGACAACUUUGAAUGGCUAUAUGGGUAUACUUUGAGAUUUGGGAUUUACUAUGUGGAUUAUAAUACAUUAGAGAGAACGCCAAAACAAUCUGCAGUUUGGUACCACAAGUUUCUUAAUGGAGUGAAGAUAUUAAAACAAAAACCAAGUCAAGGAAGAGUCGGAAGAACACUGCAUCUACCUUCGUAGCCACAUGUGCUAUUCAACUAUUUUAUUUGUGUUUUUAUAUAUUGUUGUACUAUAUAUGGGUCUGUUAGAAUGUAACUGAACCGGCUAAGAUGUUGUAACUUAAUUUACAAUGCCUUCAUUAAUUUGUCCUUUUGCGAUUACUUUUGAAGUUAUAAUAGUCACUUUGAUUUUAAGUUUUGAA